CUUCCUCUUCCUCUUGUCUUCCCCACGCACGCAGACCUCACCUCCCCACUACUGUUCAUUGCGCAUCUCCUCAAACUCCCAAGCAACGGAGCAAGCCAACCCCUAGGAGUAGGCGCCUGUCGAGUAGGUGAUGGUGUCGAUGAGCACGACGCCGCUCCCGCUGGAUUCCUCGGUCCAGGGCGUCGGAGGCGGCGGCGGGGAGGGGAAGGAGGAGGAGGACGGGGAGAGGAGGGUCAGGAAGCCCUACACCAUCACCAAGUCGCGCGAGAGCUGGACCGAGCCCGAGCACGACAAGUUCCUCGAGGCGCUGCAGCUGUUUGAUCGUGAUUGGAAAAAGAUUGAAGCACAUGUUGGUUCGAAGACAGUAAUACAGAUCAGGAGCCACGCACAGAAGUACUUUUUGAAGGUUCAAAAGAACGGAACAGGUGAACAUUUGCCCCCACCUAGGCCAAAGCGUAAGGCUGCCCAUCCAUAUCCACAUAAAGCCUCUAAAAAGGUCCCUCAAGUUGUCUUACCUCAACAAGCUUCUCAUAUAAUGGAACAAGGCUGUGUUACAUCUAUGGAUACAUCUCCUGUUGCUAUGGACUCAAGUGCAAAUGACGCUUUUCCUUCUUGGGAGAAUGGUCCUGUUCAACUUUUGAGUCCAAGGCAUACAGAAGAUGCUACAGGUUCAGGUGCACCAAAUAAUUACUCUAGUAGCGUAGGUAGCCAAUCUGGAACCUGGCCAACUUCUGAAGCUACUGAGCAAGACAUCAUGCUUCCAGCACUGCGUGCCAUGCCAGACUUUACUCGUGUGUACAACUUCCUGGGAAGCAUAUUUGAUCCAGAGACAAAUGGGCAUUUGCAAAAAUUGAAGGAAAUGGAUCCUAUUGAUGCUGAAACGGUACUUCUGCUGAUGAAAAAUCUGUCUAUCAACCUAACUAGCCCAAACUUUGAGGAACAUAGGAGGUUGCUCUCUUCACAUGAUUCAAGAAUAGAUCAAGAUUUGGGCUCUUCUCACCCUCUUCAUGUUCCAUUCAUGAUAACAAGCAAAUGAGAGAAGCUCCCUCCUGCGAGCACCCAAGGUGUUGAAGUCACUCUGGAGCAUGGCAGUGUGCUGGGUGCUAGCCACAUGUUGUAGUGUUGCAUGUGUACAUAGCUCUUAGUAAUGCCCUAACCUUAGGCUAGUUUCGCUCAUCAUGUAGAUGGCCAGCUAGUUUAUGUGCUCGUGAUUCUUUCUCCCUUUUCCCCAUUUUAACUUAUAUGUGAUAUGUGAGCCUGCCACCAAGUAUGAGUCUGGUGAUGCAUUAUGUUAUGUUUUCGCCGAUGCCUUUUUCCCUAGCAAGGAUGAAUGGAUAAUAUACAUUGGCAUGUAGUUUUUGCUGUGUGUAUAUACACAUGUGGUUAUACGUAGCUACUUGCUAUGUGUAUAGGCUAACAAAUUGCUGUUGUAAUGCGUACAUGAGAAUGCAGGAUGGUACAUCAGGUUGUGUCAAA